AUGGCCACGGUCAACCAUGCCAGCACCCGGGGACAGCGCCGUGGGACCAUACGGACGCGGCCGCAUGAGCGCAUCCUAGCGUCUUAUCCGAACUGCCAUGUGCGUGUGCUCUUUCUCCCAACGCAGCGCGCGCUGGAAAGCCGCGGCGGGACAUGCACUGUGUCGUCACAGCGACUCGUCUUCACUAGUAACCAAGCGUCCGAGGAGCUGGAUACACUCAGUGUGCCGCUCGAAACAAUGAGUGUAGGCAAGUACAUGCUUCCGAUUUUCUGCGCACCCUACUGGCAAGCUACGAUGACCCACUUCACUGACGGGACGAGCGAUCAUGGCCAAGUGAUCGUUCGCUUCCCCAGCGGCGGGGGCAUGUCUUUUCAACAGACCAUUCGAGCAGCACAGGCGCAAUGGGAUGUCGAGCGGCAUCAUGAAGACAUUCUGCCUCGGUACGAUGAACAGGGUAUCACGCUAGACACAUCUUCAUCGCCACCCGCCUAUCAAUAA